UGUGUGUAGUGUGCUGCUGCUGCAGGUGCUGUUGACUGUUGUUGUGUUGCUCCUGCCAAUCUUUGGCUUAUUGCUGCUGCAGUGCAGCCUGCAGGUGUUGUUGUUGCUGGUUGUUGCUUGUUUUGGUGGCUGUUGUAGGGACCUGCUGCAGGAGGUGGUGGUGUUGUGUGUAGUGUGCUGCUGUUGGGUGUAGUGUUGCAGCUUAUUGCAGCUUAUGUUGUUAGUUGUUGUUGUGUGUAGCUGUUGUUGCAUGUUGUAGCUGUUGCUGCAUGUUGUAUGCUGUUGCAGGUGCUGUUGACUGUUGCUCCUGCCAAUUAUUGGCUUAUUGUUGCUGCAGUGCAGCCUGCAGGUGUUGUAGGGAGCUGCUGCAGGAGGUGGUGGUGUUGUGUGUAGCUGUUGUUGCAUGUUGUAGCUGUUGCUGCAUGUUGUAUGCUGUUGCAGGUGCUGUUGACUGUUGUUGCUCCUGCCAAUUAUUGGCUUAUUGUUGCUGCAGUGCAGCCUGCAGGUGUUGUAGGGAGCUGCUGCAAGAGGUGGUGGUGUUGUGUGUAGUGUGCUGCUGCUGGGUGUAGUGUUGCAGCUUAUGUUGUAUUGUUGUUAGUUGUUGUGUGUUGCAGCUGAAGGCUGAAGCACUUUGUUGCUGUUGCCUGUUGACUGUUGUUGCCUUUUAGUUUUAGAUUUUAUUUUAAGAUGGUUUGUGGCUACUUAUCUUGUAAAAAAAAUGCUUGCAUUUGUGUUGAUCUUAUAAGAUGCGGAAAUUUUGGUAUUACCGAAUACCGUACCGAACCGAAUUUUUAUUUACCGAUUACCGAAUUACCGAACCGAAGUUUGAAAGUUCGGUAUUUGGUAUAUACUUUGAAUUACCGAUUACCGAAUUAUCGAAUCUAAAUUUUGAAAAUACCGAACCGAAUACCGAACGCCCAGCCCUAAAUUUGGGGGCUAUGCAGAGGGGUAGGGGUAAAUCGAAAAAAUAUUGGGCAGAGGUGAUUAGACAAGAUAUGGUGCAACUUCAUAUCACCGAGUACAUCACCUUAGACAGGAAGGAGUGGAAGUCGCGUAUUAGGAUAGAAGGCUAGUAAGGGUAGAAGGCUAGCAAGGGUAGAAUGUUGUCUUGCCCUGUGAUGGUUUAGGGUUGGUCUUAGGUCUAGGCGUGUCAUUAUAGUUGUAUUGUUAUUGCCCUUGAUUAUCACAUUAUCUUGAUAUUGGUAUUGUCCUUGUCUUAUAGAAUUUACAUCGCUUUUCGUUUUAGCUCUUGAUGAUGAAUUUAGGGAUCAAGAUGACGAGGAAGAAGAGGGUCGGGGAUGACCGACCUAGGAUCAGAUGGGGGAGUUUGACCACGGCUAGCACCUUGGAGAUGGGAGAAAAAUUGAAGAAUAUAAGGGCCUGGGAUAGUAGUGGGGAUGCGAACACUAUGUGGAUAGGACGGCUAGUUGUAUUAGGGUUAUAACAAAGAAAAGCUGGGAGUCUCGAUAGGUAGCCAUGGCCGGCAUCGAGGGGAUUGGUGGUGGAAUGAAGAAAUGCAAGGGAAGAUGGAAGCAAAGAAGAUAGCGUAUGCGAAGCUGAUAGAAAGCAAGGAUGAGGUGGAGAAGUGGACGAAUAGGGAACUUUAUAAGAUAGCAAGGAAGGAGGCGGUUUCGACGGCAAAAACGGCAGCUUUUGAACGCCUUUAUGCUGAACUAGAAGAGAAAGGCGGGGACAGGAAAUUGUUCAAGCUAGCCAGGGCGCGGGAGAGAAGGGCAUGCGAUAUGGAUCAAGUGAAGUGCAUUAAGAACGAGCAUGGAAAAGUAUUGAUAGAGGAGACCCUCAUUAAAAAGAGAUGGCAGUCGUACUUUCAUAAACUCUUGAAAGAAGAAGGGGACAGAGAGAUUGUGUUGGGAGAUUUGGAACAUACAAGGAGGCUUCACGAUUUUGGGUGUUGCAAGAGUAUUACGGUCGAAGAGGUUAAGGGUGUUGUGCGUAGGAUGCACUGGGGAAGAGCGAACGGACCUGACGAGAUUCUUGGAGAAUUUUGGAAAAGCGCGAGCUCGGUAGGUUUGGAGUGGCUGACUAGGUUAUUUAAUGUCAUCUUUAAGACGGCAACGAUGCCCGAAGAAUGGAGGUCGAGCGUAAUGAUCCCUCUAUACAAAAACAAGGGGGAUAUCCAAAACUGCAACAACUAUAGAGGUAUCAAGCUUCUAAGCCAGACUAUGAAAGUAUGGGAAAGAGUGGUGGAGAUGAGGGUUAGGAAAGGCGUGUCUAUUUCAGAGAACCAGUUUGGAUUUUGCCGAAACGCUCAACUACAAAAGCCAUCCAUCUUAUGAGAAGACUGGUAGAGCAGUAUAGGGAGAGGAAGAGGGACUUG